CGUAACAAAGGAGGAUACACUCUUGGUGGUGGAAAUAAAACUGAGGCCGCUUCUUCUCAUCCAUUGCAGACAGAAGCAGCUUUGGCUGCUGAACGGAGAGCUGAACAGGCCAAAACGCGCGGUGUUCAAAAAGGUGGAGGAAAAUUGAGUAAACAACUAGAAGAGCAACAAAAAUCUGUUAAAAAGGUUGAUGAGAAACCGCAUGAGGAUAAUCUUCAGUGGCGAGUUGAUUAA